GUGUCUUCUGUAGUUUUCGAUGAAUUCAUGAUCCUCAAACAAUGCUUGUCCAAUAUUACUGAACUUAUCAUUCCUGACGCACAUGUUCUUAGUUCUCAGCUGCGUCACCAUCGUACUCGGAGAUUCCGCUGGUAGCGAAUCAAACACAGUAAGCAUCAAAAUUCGUCCUAGAUCUACAUGCAUCUGUAUGCCUGGCAUAUUUUGUCCGUCCAUGUGUUGGCGUUAUAACAGGUAUCCUCAGUUGCAUGAGAAUCACAGAAUUUAUGGGGAACUUGAAGUGCUCAAUCAUUCGUACGCUUCAUUGAUCCUAUGCUAGACUCCAAACACCUACACAUACAAAAACGAUGUGGUAGGCAGCACAAU